ACAGGAACUACAGGACGAGCAACACAAUGUCUGAACCUCGGACAGAUCAGACAUACACAGUCAAAGAUGUGCUUUGCCAAACACUGAAGGACCUGGGAAAAAAGGAUUUCAAUGAUUUUAAAUGGUACCUGAAAGAAGUAACGAAAAUCCCUGAAGCAGACCUGGAAGCUGCAGAUGUGUUGGACACUGUGAACCUGAUGGUGGGGUGCGAGCCCCAGAGGGCGCUGGAGACAGCCGUCACAUGUUUAGAGAGCAUCAACAGAAGGGACCUGGCACACAGUUUGUCUCAAUCCAACCCAGAAGGAGGAAAUAUCUCACAGACAGCUGAGUCUGGUUACAAAGGACUGAACUCUUCAUCUUCAUCAUCAUCAUCACAUCUUUCCUGGCCACCAGCCACAGUGAUAGUUCUCCCGGUCGUCACUGUUUUGACCGCUGGUGCUGAUCAGAUGACUGCAGACACAAAGAACAAGGAGAUGGAAGUAAACACACUGAAGACGGACAUGAUGAACCUGCAGACGGACCUUAUGAAUCCACAGACGAACCAAAUCAACCUGCAGGUGGAAGUAAACAAUCUACCGACAGACAUGAAGAACCUGCAGACGGACCAAAGAAAGCAGCAGAUGGACCUGGACAAACUGAAAGAUGUGAUGUCAGAAGAAUGUUUUAAAUGUUAGACUCACCAGGCGCUGGGUUUUGAAUUCAAGUUGCUCCAGCCGCUAACUGAAGGUCUGUCUCCAGAGCUGCAACCUGCUCUCCUCCCGGCUAAGUCUCCUCCAAGGAUCUACAGUAUCACUAAUCAGAAGAAACAGUAAUCCAAAAUAAGAACCAGCUAUCACCAGACCCAGGAUCCAACAGGAUCCAGCAGGAGCCAGAAUUUAAAUAUAAUGUAAGUGUAUAAUUGUAUGUUGUUGUAUUGUUGUAAGUGUUGUAUGACCUAUAAUUUGUGUAUACUGUAUGUCCAUAUCUAUUUGAUUAUUUCUGUAAUAAUAUGAUAUUGUGAAGUAGGGGCAGGGCUCUAUUAGCAUUAUGCCUCUGCCUGCUCUUGUUGAACAUAUUCUUAAUGUUGUUCUUUGGUAAAAGCUGAUUAGUCUGU